UACCGUUAAGUCCACGCUGACCUCAAAAUGUGAAUUAUAUAAGAAGCAAGUGAAAGUAAAGGCGAUUCAGUGCAUUUUCGUUUCUCAACACGGAAAUUUUCGUGUAAACAAAAGCACGUAAAAGCUAUCGAUAUGAAGCUUUUCUUGAAGAGCACGCUGUUGCUGCUGUUAGCCACCAGUGCCUUAGCGCAGAGCUGGCUACCAAAAUCUGAUGGGCUAUUACUGGAGCAACCCGACCGCAUCAAUUGGCUGCCCGUGUGGGCGGACGAUCAGAAACCCGCAGAACUGAGACAGAUUGAACGGAAUCCAGUAUUCAAGGCGCCAGCAAAUCCAAUACUGUCGCUCUUUCCCAUAAGGCCACAGUUAAAUCUCGGUCCCUGCGAUGCACCCAACGGCAUGGGUAUGCGCAAUCUCUUCCAACAGGCGCAGGCCUUGCUGCCACGCGAGCGUAUACGCGCAAUUAUACUCGGUGCUGCCGAGGAUCCAGAGUUGCAGGCACUAAGUAAGCUCGUACACUCGCCGGAGUAUCGUAAACGCACUGCGAGUCUCAGUCGCUCGCGUGCCUACAAAGGUUAUCGCGAUUAUGCCUGCUAUAAAAUGAAUUGUGAUAUGAAGUUGUAUUCGGAUUUCAUAAGAAAUUUACUACAAUUGAGCGUCUUAACAGAGCAGCCGAAAAAUGAGACGGUGGUGCCGCACAAGGGACAGCCGGGCAUACGUGGCAUCCUGCAGGAUAUACGUGACGUCCUGCCACGUCAACGUCUGCGUGAUUUAUUCGAGCGUUUAAUGGUGAGUGAUUGGUAUUUGAUGCGGGCUGUGCAGCGGGCCGCGAGCUAUGAGUUCGAAGCCAUUUUCAAGGUGCUACAAAGGAAUCCGGACUACGAGUAUCUGCGGCGUGCUCAAACUGAGGUCGGCAUGCCUGUGGAGGAGUUGAAGAAAUUGAUUUACUAUGCGCUGGGUUGGCGCGAUGAUGCGCAGAAUGCAACUGACAAUCUCUUCAUAGAUGUUUGAAAAAGAGAGGGAGAGAGGGGUAGGGAAAGAGAGAGGGAGUGAG